GUGGCGCGUCAAAAGAUACUGGUCCGCUCUUUCCGGUCCUGGAGCUAAGCUAGGCGAGAGGAUGCCGUCGAUCGAAUACGACGACUCGAAGCCCAGCUGGGCAGACCAAGUCGAGGAGGAGGGAGACGAAGGGACUCUACCUUCCCCCAAAGAAACUAUCAAAGGAAACAUCAAAACCAUCACAGAUUAUAAAAUAGACGAAGAUGAUGGAAAGAAGUACAAGAUUGUUCGGACUUUUAAGAUCGAGACGAGAAAGGCCUCCAAAGCUGUGGCUAGGAGAAAGAACUGGAAGAAAUUCGGAAACUCAGAGUUUGACGCACCAGGUCCUAAUGUGGCCACUACCACAGUCAGUGACGACGUCAACAUGACCAUCAUUUCCAGCAAAGAGGACCUGAACGCUCAAGACCAGGACGAGGAUCCCAUGAACAAACUGAAAGGGCAGAAGAUUGUGUCGUGUCGUAUUUGUAAAGGCGACCACUGGACCACUCGCUGUCCGUACAAGGACACGCUGGGCCCCAUGCAGAAAGAGCUGGCCGAACAGCUGGGGCUCUCCACCGGAGACAAGGACAAGCCUGCGGGAUCUGAACCUGAACCCGCUCAGCCUGCGCAGAGCAAGACUGGGAAGUACGUUCCCCCGAGCCUGAGGGACGGAAGCACGAGGCGGGGAGAGUCCAUGCAGCCGAACCGCAGAGGUGAGUCUGACGACAACGCCACCAUCCGCGUGACCAACCUGUCGGAGGACACCCGCGAGACGGAUCUGCAGGAGCUCUUCAGACCGUUUGGCUCCAUCUCCAGGAUCUAUCUGGCCAAGGACAAGAACACUGGACAGUCCAAGGGCUUUGCCUUCAUCAGUUUCCAUCGUCGCGAGGACGCGUCCAGAGCCAUCCAGGGAGUGUCAGGAUUUGGUUACGAUCAUCUUAUUCUCAACGUUGAAUGGGCCAAGCCGUCAAACAACUGAGGAAUCCACCAGAAGAAAUUCCAAGAUGAUGCCACAUUUAAUCGUCAGUGGUGGUAAAAUAUGGACGUUAUCUAAACAAAAUAAAGCAAAUUGUUGUCACACA